AUGUCGGAGUCGGCACCUCUUAUCACAGACGAAGACGUAAACCCUCGUUCCAGAUUUGAAACCGCUCGUUCCAGAUCUGAAAACCCUAGUAGUGGAGAAACAUAUCUUAAAACCCUAAGAAGCGGCGGCGCGAUGGAUUUGUCCUUCGUACCCCAGUUCUUUUGCUCCGGCGGCGAUGUAACUCGAUUAGGUGGCGUCUGGCGACUUUUCUGGAGCUACAACUCAAACACCCAUGAAAUUCGAUCGAUCCGUGAUAUUUCUCGACUUCUUGCUUUUUCGUUUUCACGAAAUAAGCAGUUGAACUCUCACUCUCUCAGGUUUUUCAUUUCAAGCGAAGAAAUGGCUGGUGCUGGAAGCAGUAGCAACAGGAGCUGGGCAGAUUUAGUGAAGGGUAAUAAUGGACCUCCAGAUCAUCCAACAAAGAGCUUUAAUGUAGACUUAGGAGAGACUGGAGGAUGGAUAAAACUGUGCGAAGCACUAGCUUGGUGUGGAAAUUUGUUUGGUGAUAUAGAUUUUAUAGACACUGAAAAGCUUGAUUAUACUCUUGUGAGGGCUGUAACAAAGGAAAUGUGGAAGAAUGCCGAAUUAUAUGACGACCUGGCUGAAAAGUCCAAAGCACAACACCAAAUGAGUGAGUAUAACAAAUAUUUGGAGCUUGCAAAGAAACUUAGAAUUGGAGCACAAAAUCAACAAAAGAAAGACAGCAUACGUUUAUUUGAUAAACGACAGAAAGAAUGUAUGACUGUAUUUGAACUUAAUUGUCAUGAUCAGCACCAACCUGAUGCAUACAAUAUGCUUGUCAUACAUCUUUGGAUUGCUUCUCAAAUCAGAAGUAUACAAAAGCUUAAGUUGAUAACAGGUUAUGGGAAAACAACAGGAACGUGUGUCUUGCAACCAAUGUUUAUGAAAAUGCUCGACGAUAUAGGGAUUCAUUACAGCUUUGAAGAGAAUAACCCUGGUGUAUUGAUUAUUGAUGUUGAGGACAUAGGGACUAAUUUCAAAUUAGGGGUGGAGAGAGGUCAGACUUGUCCAUCUGUGUCACCGUUGCCGUGUUUCUUACCUCAUACCAUCUCCGGCCACGUCCCGCCGGCCGGGUAUUGGGAACCAAAUCCCCUCCCAUUUGGUAAUUAA